UAAAGAUGACAAACUGACUCACAGAAACCUGGGGCCAAGAAUUAUUCCAGCAGUGUUGGAUGGUUUGGGGGCUGAAGUGCAAUGAUGGAAAAUUGGAAGUUACAAUGUACAUGGGGGUGGUCAACAGGGGCCCAACCAGUGGUGGAAGAAGUACUCAGAUGUUUGCUUAAGUAAAAGAACCAAGGUAUUAAUGUAAAAAUCCUAUGUUACAAGUAAAAGUCCUGUAUUUAAAAAUUUAAAUAAUAGGUCCAAGUAUUCAAAUACUACAUUAAAAAAAUACACACAAUUUAUAGCUAGGAUAAUAAGGUUAACACUUCCAAGUUUCCCAUAAUUUGACGUUCUUUUUUAAAAUAGUGGUGGUUUCUUAUUAUUUAAAUGUCCAAAGGUAACUUGUUCCGAUUUCAGGUACCAUACAAAUUUAAGGAACAGAUACCCAUGUUGGUAUGAAUUGGUUUUGGUCCGGAGCUGAGCAGUACUGUCAGCGUCAGUAUACCGGCUGUGUGACUGUACGUCCUCGCUUUGCGCACCCUAAAAAUAUCCCUCACUAAGUAGGCUACGCGGAUCAAAGGGGUCAGCAACACCGCCAUGAAUCCCGCCCCGGCAUUUAACCUAAAGCCUCACAGAGGAGGAGCAUGUACUGUGAGCAAAGAGCCCUCGGCAUCCAGAGCUGGGCAGAGGAGAGAGGCUGGCUCGGGUUUCAGAGACGCGCACUGACGGUUGACCUGCAGCACAUAGUGGGAUCGCUCAGAGGAGAAGCAGCGAAUGGUACGAACGGAGCGGAACGCAGAGGAAUAAGAGUCCGUCACCGUGAAUCAGAAACAUGACUGACUGAUGACAAUCUACAGAAUGCCUCGUAUUCUAACUUUGAUGUAGUUCAUUUGAGUGCAGCAAAGUAGUUUGGAGACAGUUUGAAGAAAAAAUACAUCUGCAAAACUUUCGCCUCAACAGAGAGACAAUCUCUUAUAAGCCCCAGAGCUGCAGGUCGUCAGGAUUCCUUUUCUGCUGCUCUUCACCUGAUGAAUAUACGGAUUUCCGUGUGGAUAAAACCAGCGUUAGAUGUCUAAAAUGGAAGAGGGUCAGAAGUGGGGAGUCGCUGGUAAACCGGGUGAAGAGAGGAGCACUCGCGGCGAGCAGCAGCAGCAAUCUUUAAAGCAGCCGCUGUGGAGAAAUUGGAGAGAUUUGUCUGGCUUAACGAUAUGCAUUGCAGUAUCUGUUCUGUGCCUUGGAGUUUGCAUUGUGGUUUUUGUGCGGACCUCGGAGUUGCAGUCCCGGAUAGUAAGUAUGGAGCAGAAGCAGCGGGAUGCGCAGCUCUCCGCGUGGGUGUUGUCUCUGGAGCAGGUGGAGCCUGUUAUCCUGGGCCGACUGGAUCAGAUCCUGGAGGAGAAGCUUGCAGCGCGACUGCCGAAGACACGGGAGGUGAGGGAAGCUCCCCACAGCUGCCUGUGCCCCCCAGGACCUCCAGGUCCUCCUGGACGAGCAGGCUUUCCGGGUGACAGAGGAAGUAUGGGAAUUCCUGGGAGAAUGGGCUUAAAAGGACAAGCAGGGGAGAAGGGAGCACCAGGCGAGCCAGGUCUGUCUAUCAUUGGACCAAGAGGACCUCCUGGACAACCCGGAACAAGAGGAUUUCCAGGCUUUCCAGGUCCAAUUGGGUUGGAUGGCAAGCCUGGACAGAACGGACCAAAGGGAGACAUGGGUCAACGUGGUCCUAAAGGACUCCCAGGGGAACCUGGACCCAAAGGGGAGAAGGGCGUAUGUGGAGACUACACACACCGGGGCCUCUUUGUACAGGAUCUUCCUCUGAAAACCCUGGCUGCCUUGCGCUCCAGUCAGACUCUGAUGUUGAAGCAGGGCGAACCUGGAAUGCAAGGACCCCCAGGACCUCCUGGACCCCCAGGCCUGAAUGGAGUCAGUGGCCCACCAGGUAAGCCUGGUGAACCAGGCAAGCCAGGAAAAGACUCAAAGCUUUUACCAGGAAUGAAGGGUGAUCGAGGUGACAUCGGCCCACCAGGUCCUGAAGGCCCAAAGGGAGUUAAGGGAGACCAAGGAAUUAAGGGUCAGGCUGGUGUCCCUGGUACCCCUGGCAUCCCUGGCAAGAGGGGCUACAGGGGUGACAAAGGCGACCAGGGAGAUAAGGGUGAAGCAGGUCCUGAAGGCCCAGCUGGACAAAGAGGUCCUCCAGGCCCAACUGGGGAGCCGGGAAAGGCUGAAAUCCACAACAAUGAAAAUGAUAUUCGCAACAUACCCCUGAUGGGCCCCCCUGGAUUACCUGGACUUCCAGGGCCCCCUGGACUCCCUGGCGCCAAGGGUGAAGUUGGUCUACCAGGUCCUCCAGGACUGGACGGAGAGAAGGGACCGAGAGGGAAGCCUGGAGAGCCUGGUCCCACAGGCCCAGUCGGUCCUGAAGGUCCUAGAGGGGAGGGUGGUGUCAUUGGCUUCCCGGGACCCAAGGGAGACAAGGGAGAUAUGGGUCCAUCUGGAUCACCUGGUUUGGAUGGCCCUACGGGUGAAAAGGGGACUACUGGGGCCCCUGGCCCUAUUGGAAUACCUGGCGCAAUGGGUCCUAAAGGCGAACCUGGAGAAGGAGGAAGGUCAGAAAUGAUCUAUGGUCCUCCAGGGCCUCCAGGACCUCCAGGACCAGUUGGCCCAGCAGGAUCUCAAGGACAUUCAGGGCCUAAGGGAGAACCAGGCAUAGGCAUCAGAGGCGAAAAGGGAGCGACAGGUCAGAAGGGUGACAAGGGAGACAGAGGCCAUCUUGGACUCCCUGGGGCUCAUGGGUUAGACGGCAGACCGGGUCCAGUGGGUUUAAUAGGACCAGCAGGUGUGCCAGGGCCAGCAGGACCAAAGGGAGAGAGAGGUGAAAAGGGAGAUGUAGGAUUACCAGGACCAAUUGGGCCACAAGGCAUCCCUGGUUUAGUAGGACCACAAGGACUCAAAGGGAACCGGGGAGAGAGGGGCAAGAAAGGCAACAGGGGGGCCAAAGGGGAUAAGGGAGACCAAGGAGCACCUGGAUUAGAUGCCCCCUGUCCACUGGGUUUCCGAGGCUUUAAAGGGGAGAAAGGUGAACCAGGCUUGCCAGGCCUGGACGGGCUGGAUGCCCCUUGCCCUGUGGGAGAUGAUGGCUUACCUGUACCAGGAUGUUGGAAUAAAGGUCAACAUCCUUUCCAACUGGCUAAGAAGUAGGGCUACCAGAGACUGCCUCCAUGAAGCCACAAAAAGGAAACUUGAAGACAUUUGUAAAUAUCUUUGGGUUUUUACCCAAACCUGGAGUUGGCAUUUCAACAUUUUUCCAGGAGGCUGGACACAGGGCCAGUAACGUCGGAAGCUCCAGUGGCAGUGGUGGGCACAUUAACUUCAAUAAACCUGGAAAGUAGAGACGUUGCACCAUCCUUUAGUUAGUUAUUGAAGACUCUCUGGACAGGAUAACCAUCACAGCCACAGGUAGAUACUGUACCUACUGAUGUGUUUCUUUGACUGCAUACACUUUGAUCUAUUAAACUCCUAGUGAAAGCGAGGCAUGGACACUUUAACACAUGUUAUUUGUUGUGUUUGAUGUGACAUCAAUACUGUAACUGUGAUAAAGAAUUCAAAGCAGCUCACAGAGCAGAUAGAUGCCAUUGUUUCCAUCAAAAACCAAAAAACAAAGGGAGACCCUCUUGAUGAUUCCUUCUUGAUAUUAUCAGACUGCCUUUUCAAAAAUCCCUUUACAUGCAGCUAUGACAUUUUGUUUCAAUGAUUGUGUUGUGUAGGAAAUACUUUGAAACCAGCAUCACACUUCAUGCCUGGUCACAUAUAUGAUAUUAAUUACUUUUUUGAGGUGUUGAAGGACACCAUGAUUCAAUGCUGUAAUUGUAUGUACUGUACAAUAUAAGAGAAAGGGUUGUAUGUAUAAAAGUACUCAGUCUUUGUAAAUAGAUUGCAUUGAUGAAACACAAUUUUACGUACUGAAUAAGCAUUGAAACUCUCAAUGAGCAGUAUUUAUACACUGAUUAUGUAGAUUAACAAUUGUUUCUUGAUACAUUUACACUUUUUGAAAAUUUAUUUUGGCCAAAACAUUGUAAGGCUUUACUAUUUUCACAUUUGCAUGCUCCAUAUAUCCAGUCUCUAUCAUAUGCAAUAAGAUGUAUUGCAUGCAAAUACAAUAAUUUUAUUAUUGGACUCAAAAAAUGUCAGUAGACAAAGGUGUUUUUCAAAAUAUUUAUUGCUUUGUCCCUCUGAAUAGAAAUUCAUAUUUAGUAAAAAAGACAAAAACAAAACAAAACAAAACCCCACCACAGUUGGAAUAUUUUAACAGAUGUUACUGUACAUGCAAAUAAAUUUUUAAAAAUGCCCUUUAAGUGUGUUACACACAAAAAACUUUCCUAUUUCAUUGAAAAAGAAAUGUACAGAAGCAUUCCUUAUGUCAUAUUGACAGCUGCCUUGUAAACAGACAUAGGUCAAAAUCGUGUCAAUACUUUUAAUUAUUUGUUGUUUUUGAGUCCAGUAGUUUGAAAUUUUAAGAAAUUUAAUGGUUUCAUUGUUUCAACAGGUGCAAGUGACCUACAAAAACUAUUUAGUGGAUGAGAUGUACCUAUUGUUAAUUUAUGACAAAAGUUGUAUGUGUGAAUGAAAAUAGCCUGAAAAUCACAUGAUCCAAAUAAUUUAUUAUUGUAAUUUUUGAAUCAAUUUUACUUUGAAAAAGAAACCUUUCAAAAGCAAAAAUACAGUGGCCAAGAGAGAGCUCAAAGCAGAAAGAAACUAUCACAAUUUUCACUGUUUUGUCCAUUUGGUUGUGUUUUUUCUAUUUAAUUGAGGUAGUGUAUUUAAUUGGGUUUUGUCUAUCUGCUUGUAUUUUUAUUUGUGUAUUUGUAUGUUUUCACAGUCACAGUGCCCUGAGCUCUCUCAGCCAUCAUACAAAAGGGAUCAUAACUACAAUUCACAACUGAUAACAUCUGAUUUUAUAAAAACAUUUUAGUAGAAUUUGGUCAUUUAUUGUGUUGUUUAUAGUUAUCAUUUCAAUACCAACUUUCCUGUCAGGCAAUGUAGUAUUCAUCAAAUGUUUUAUUUUAAAGAUACACUACCUGAUUUUUUCAGAAUUCAACAAUUUAUAUCUGAAAGUGAAAGCAAGUUGUUCAUUUGCUUCAUUUACUUGGUUUCCUAUGUCACAACCUUUCUGUAUCUUUAACCUAUAGAGAUGUAAAAGUGUACUCUUUAUGUAAUACACUGCAAACAAAGCAGGAAUCACAAAAUGUUUGCGCAUGAAUUUGGGUUACAGAAUCUUUUAUGUUUUAUGUAAGUAUAUAAGAAUAUAAAUUUUCUUCACCAUCUGCAACAGGUUGUGAACUUCAUCCAGAAAAUGUGUUUUUAUCAGCGCUGAAUCCAAAUAAAGGCAUUAUUCGACUCAUUUUACAUGAAGAGUACACAUAUACAUUUUGGUUUUGUAUCAAAGCUGUAACUGUGCAACAUGCGGUUGGUGUGACAGACUUACUGCCAGACUCUGCACUAUGUGUUAUUUAGUUCACUUGAUAAGCUCUUCAGGUAAGCCAUAAUGCACUCAGAUAUAAAAAAAGUAAUGGAGGAGGCCAUUAGCCUGAUAAUUGGACUGCCUUUGUGUUUCACUUAAUUCAUUCAGUCUGACAAGUCAAGACAUCAGUCUGACAUCAAGUUUAAGUUAACUGAUUUCUGUUUGGGAGCGUUAUUUUGUUUUGUUCAAUUUGCCCCAAACAAUCAGUAGGGACAUAUCCGUCCCUCCAACAUAAUUUUUAGUCACCCCACAAGCCAUGGUAGCGGUUGCUAGGAGCAGUUUAACGUAAUGUUUUUCGCUAUAAUCGAAGAAAUAACAUCAGUGUAUUGUAGAAGAAUUGUUAUUUCUGUAAAUCGACUUUCAACAACCUGUACAGCUGCAUCAAUCUCAUGGAUUUGAAAGUGUAGUUCAGCCGAAUUCUCUCACCCCUCCCUAACUGUGAUGAAAUAGGCCAGACUCCAAAGUAUAUUAUGUAUGUUGCCCCCCCCCCCACUGCUGUGUCAAGUAUAAAAAGAAGAACACUAUCUACCAAUGGUCCCAAUUUGAGCCUGUCAUACAGUGCUGCUGGUAACGUUAGCAUUAGCAAGCAAUGUUAAGCGCUGGCAGGAAAACAACAUUGUACAUGAACGAGAUUACGGCUAUGUACUGACACUCCCCCACAGACACACACACACACACACACACACACAGUAGAAAGCCUCUCGUAGUAGAGCUGCUAGCCCAGCUACAACAUAGAAACUAUAAAUGUACUUCUAGUGACUGUCAAAGCUCCACCAGACUCCUUGUCUUUCCAGUGAAGAAAUGGAGAGUCUGACAGUAGCUUCUCAUAGCUGCCAAACUGACCGACAAAACUAGCAGCUCCUCCCACUUGGCAACUCUAUAUAUCUUGAGUAUGGACUUCUGCAAGCCAAUCAGAAACUAGUGUUUUCUGUGGCCAUGGUAUUAAAGUCAUUACAAGAACAUUAAAAGAAUGAGUGCAUAACACAUGAAUCACAGCAAGCUAUGACACUGUUUCCUAUACAUAGUACGCAGUACUAUGCACGUACGUCUUCUGGCAGAAUAAUUAAUACUAAAGGCCUUGAGUUCUUUGAUGCUGAUAAUGUACUCAUGCCUCACAGUGUUCUUCAAGUGAAGCGUUAACACAUUCUGCUUUGUAUUUACAGCAGCAGUUGCACAAUCUUUUCUUUAGGUCACACCGCUUGUACUUAAUUUUGGAACAUAAGAAGAUAGAUACGUAGAAAAAAUAUACUCUUCAUCUUGAUGUAUCAUUUGUUUUGGUUUGAAAUUCUGUACUCGUCAGAUUAGAACAAUAUCUGAGAAUGGAUAAGAGGGCAUUAUACAGAAUUUGCAUGCUAUUAUUAAUCCUGUAUGAAGCGCUAUUUAUAUUUGUUUUCAUUUUGUUUUCUUUUUUCCUAUAUUGGUAAUGGAACAUUAGAUAUACUGUACGUUUGAUGUUUUUUCUGCACAUUCAAAAGAAAUCUGCCAGCUGAGUGACCUUUGUGCAGAUUUCUGUGCUACCACAUUGAACUAAGAUGUAAAAGUUUGUUUUCCAAGAUUCAAUGUGAUUUCCAACCACAGGUGAGGUAUACACUGCAAUCCAAAUGCUGAGUACCUGUUAGUUUAGUGUGGUGUCUGAACUGACUGUUUAUAAGGUAAUGAUAUUGUUUUUGUUUUCCAAAAGAAUUUAUUUUUACUUUUUAUAAUCCAAACAAUGGCAGCUGUUGUCACUGAUUGUCAAACAGAUUCACUGCUCAGUACAAGUAAAAGUUUUAAGCAAUUUGUUACUCAGAAUAAAGAAACCCAUUUUCAAUGGAA